UUAAGUAUUGUACUGGAGAAAUUGUAACCUAAGUGGAUAUGAAUUUAGCUGAGCUCUGCAAGCCAUUUAGUAAAAGUAUCCACCGAUUUGCAACUACAACGCUCCUCCGACCAAAUCUGCUCCAGCAGACCCACCUUACCAUGGACCAGAACCUUCCCACUGUGGGUGGGGUUACGGCGGAGGUGCUGAAGGCCGUCGUUUCGCAAGCUCUGCUCGGCAAAUUCACAGCUGUUUUUCCAAAGCUUUUCAAGUGCCAGUGGAAGACCUACGAAGGUCAAAAGAAGUUCUACGCCAAUUUCAGCACCGAUUGCAUCGACACCAACAACAUGAGCGGCCGAAAGUUCUGCGUGGGGGGCAACUGGAAGAUGAACGGCGACCAGAAGUCGAUCGCCGAGAUCGCCAAGACCCUGACCUCCGCCGCCCUGGACCCCAACACGGAGGUGGUCAUCGGCUGCCCGGCCAUCUACCUGAUGUACGCCCGCAACCUGCUGCCCGGAGAGGUGGGUCUGGCCGGCCAGAACGCCUACAAGGUGGCCAAGGGCGCCUUCACCGGCGAGAUCUCGCCGGCGAUGCUCAAGGACAUCGGCGCCGACUGGGUCAUCCUGGGCCACUCGGAGCGCCGCGCCAUCUUCAACGAGUCGGACGCCCUCAUCGCCGAGAAGGCCGAGCACGCCCUGGCCGAGGGCCUCAAGGUCAUCGCCUGCAUCGGUGAGACCCUCGAGGAGCGCGAGGCCGGCAAGACCAACGAGGUGGUCGCCCGCCAGAUGUGCGCCUACGCCCAGAAGAUCAAGGACUGGAAGAACGUGGUGGUGGCCUACGAGCCCGUCUGGGCCAUCGGCACCGGCAAGACCGCCACUCCCGAUCAGGCCCAGGAGGUGCACGCCUUCCUGCGCCAGUGGCUGAGCGACAACAUCUCGAAGGAGGUCUCCGCAUCGCUGCGCAUCCAGUACGGCGGCUCCGUGACCGCUGCCAACGCCAAGGAGCUGGCCAAGAAGCCCGACAUCGACGGCUUCCUGGUCGGAGGCGCCUCUCUGAAGCCCGAGUUCGUGGACAUCAUCAAUGCCCGCCAGUAGGAGCUUCCAUCUCCAGCCACCGAACACAAUUGCUAGCGAACUGCCCGCGGAAUGGAUUGGAGUCCGCAUUGCAUUGUCACGCACACUCUUCGUCGUUGUCGCCAUCAGUGCAGUUCCAAAUUCGAAGUUACCUGGUGGAGAGCUACUCACAUACCCGUUGUUAACCGUAGAGUCCAUUGUGUAAAUCCUAAAUUAUUCAGGCAAUAAUUAUACGCUUCUCAUUUACUCAUAUACCAAA